AUGGCAAAGGAGGAGGAGAUUGGCUCGAGAGCAGAAUGGGGAGCAGGAGCUCUGGAGGGCCCCAGUCUUCUGCCAGUUCGAACUGCCUUAGCGGCCAGGGCAGCGCUGAGCCACCUGGAGACGCCUGUGCGGAGGGUCCACGGCGACGUCAUGCCCAGGCGUCACCAAGACAACACAACACGCUCCGUCCUGUGUGCUCGAUGUUCGGUGCUGCGCUCCCAGUUCCUCAUGGGAGCUGGAAGCUGGGAGCUGAGAGCUGAGGCUAGCAUCGUGUACUGCCAUGGCCACACAUACGAGGCCGCGUGGAAGGACCAUCCCCUCACAUGCAGGGUCUGGCCUCGUACGCCUGUCCCGCACUGCCAACGCUGGGACGAACCUCGCGAAUGCCUGACUGUCGGCCAUUUGCAUUGCGCGUUUCUCCUCUGCACAGCCUCGAUGGUGCAGGGCGAGUCGGCACGAUAG